CGCAUCGCCUCCGGCCGGCAGGCUGGGCGCGCAGGGGCGCGGGCCCCCGCCCGGCGCGCAGCGGCACCAUGGGCACGGUGCUGUCCCUGUCCCCCAGCUACCGCAAGGCCACGCUGUUUGAGGAUGGCGCGGCCACGGUGGGCCACUACACGGCCGUGCAGAACAGCAAGAACGCCAAGGACAAGAACCUGAAGCGGCACUCCAUCAUCUCCGUGCUGCCGUGGAAGAGGAUCGUGGCCGUGUCGGCCAAGAAGAAGAACUCCAAGAAGGUGCAGCCCAACAGCAGCUACCAGAACAACAUCACGCACCUCAACAAUGAGAACCUGAAGAAGUCGCUGUCGUGCGCCAACCUGUCCACGUUCGCCCAGCCCCCGCCGGCCCAGCCGCCCGCGCCCCCCGCCAGCCAGCUCUCGGGCUCCCAGACCGGGGUCUCCUCUUCUGUCAAGAAGGCCCCGCACCCGGCUCUCACCUCCGCGGGGACGCCCAAACGUGUCAUCGUCCAGGCGUCCACCAGCGAGCUGCUGCGCUGCCUGGGCGAGUUUCUCUGCCGCCGGUGCUACCGCCUGAAGCACCUGUCCCCCACGGACCCUGUGCUCUGGCUGCGCAGCGUGGACCGCUCGCUGCUUCUGCAGGGCUGGCAGGACCAGGGCUUCAUCACGCCGGCCAACGUGGUCUUCCUCUACAUGCUCUGCAGGGAUGUCAUCUCCUCCGAGGUGGGCUCGGACCACGAGCUCCAGGCCAUCCUGCUGACCUGCCUGUACCUCUCCUACUCCUACAUGGGCAACGAGAUCUCCUACCCGCUCAAGCCCUUCCUGGUGGAGAGCUGCAAGGAGGCCUUUUGGGACCGCUGCCUCUCCGUCAUCAACCUCAUGAGCUCCAAGAUGCUGCAGAUCAAUGCCGACCCGCACUACUUCACACAGGUGUUCUCCGACCUGAAGAACGAGAGUGGUCAGGAGGACAAGAAGCGGCUCCUCCUGGGGCUCGAUCGGUGAGCCCUGUAGCCCGCAUCAUGGCUCAAGGAUUCAAUUCAUUUUUAAAAAUUUAUUAUUAAGCAAAUCAGAUUUUGUGUACAGUAUGUGUCUAGCAGAGCCACCGAGGGCCUCUUCCUUCCCACCUUCUCUCCUUGGGGUUUUCUUCAGCCCUGCCAAGAACUCUGGGCGCUUUUGAACUCCCGAACCUUGUGCAAAAACCCAGAAGAUGUGUUCAGAGCCACCCAGGCCACUGACUUCUCAACUUUGGGGAAUUUGAAGGACUGACCUGUCUCUGCCACCUGUGCCCUUGCUGGACCAGGGCAGGUGAGGCUGCCCGCCGCUCCUGGCAUGGUAGCCAGAGAGGGGCCUCUGGCCAGUUGGCCCUGGGGAGCCAUUGCUGUUGCCGGUUGGAGGGCCUUUCUUGGCUUUUGUUUUGGGUCAUCCGUUCUCCCAGAGGCCUGUGGAGCUGGCCACCCUGACCGAGCCACGAAUGGGGUUGUGAGGCGAGGUGCCCACCACCCUGGGACAACUCGUCGAGGAGAAGCUGGCCUGGUACAAAGAUUGUGUCCUGUCGUUUGACCAUGCACCACCCUGGUUUGCUCUUUUUUCUUUUAUUAGGGAGAAGAGUUUUCCUUUAGUGAAGACAUGGAACUUGCUCCCUGGCCUCCUUACCCCCUGCUCCCAGCCGUGUUGGUAGUGUCGGUUAAUGAGCUGGUUUGACUCAUUAAGUUCUUUGAUUUGGGGUCCCAGCUAAAGGGGUGGGGUGAAGCUAGGGACAGCUCCUUUCCUGGGCGAAUCUUUCCUUUGACUAAUGCAGCUUACUCACCCUGUGGCGAAGGCCAGGGCGGCUGCAGGUGCCCCUCACCGACAGCCUGCCUUCUGGGCAGGUGGGGUCGUCGUGCCUGAAACCAGCCAGUGCUCACCUGAGGGCUAAGGCCUCUUGCUGGUGCAUGACAUUUGUUCCUGCAGAGCCGAGGUGAUGUCGGGGACCAGAAUGAUGGGGUAAUGAUGUACACCCCCCGCCCCCGCCGUCCCCAUCCCUGUUCAUUUAAAGCUGUUUCCAAACAGUUCAGUUUCUUCUGAAGACGAAGCCUUGCCCUGCGAGGCCCAGUGAGACCACUGGAUCUUGGAGACAAUUCCAAGGCCGGAGUAGCGCUCCUCAUGGCUUCGGAAGCCUGCCAUUCUGCACCUGAUCAUUUGCAGCUGCCGAUUUGGGUUUCCACCUUAUCUUAGUGGCUGUGAAAAACACACGACAUGUACUUAAUCAAUUUCCUUUUUGAUUCUCCCAGAUUGGUGGCUUGGGACUUGGGAGAGGACCAGGAGAAGGGAGCGAGUCUUCCUCUGUGGCCCAUCACUCCAGCUUUGGGGAAUAAAGGUCAAUGUGAAGAUGCCCUGGGGAAGUCUCCCUUCCAGUCCCAGGGAGGGGGGGUGGCGGGGGGCAGGCAGAGGGUCCUCUGACACAGGAUAGGUUCUAGGUGGCUGCUGGUUUCAGCAGAAGCACUACUGAAAUUCACACGAGAGAAAGCUGUGAAACCGGGGUCUUACUUUAAGAGGCCUGGAGCGGAGCUGCCGCUUCCCUGGGGAAGGGGAGGAGGGCCCGCGGGGGGCUGGGAUGGCGAUCCCUCGCCCCAGCUGCGCUGAGCCCUCCCUGGGCUGCCAAAUAAGCUGAGGCGGAGCUGGAAGGAACCUCGGCUGCUGCCACAGACUUGGCCGCCACGCCUCUAUCUCGGUGGGAGCUGUCACCCAGCCCGUCUGUUCAGAUCCCGCUGCCACGUGUGACCUGAGGGGACGAUGAGAAUAUUCUGGACGCAUCUCUGCUAGCCUUUCUAGGCAGCCUCAGCACAGGCUCAACCAAAAUGGUUUUAAGACCAGCAAGCGGUUUCUUUGUUGUUGUUGUUGUUGUUAGGAAGGGGUUUCUUGUGCCUGUUUUGGAGACACACCAGUAGCUGGGUACGAGUGGCAGACAGGAAGUGGACACUCCAGGAGGAUCAACUGGCCUCUCUUGCUGGAGCUUCACCACCCCAGAAAUCUUUCUACCUUCCUCAUAUUUUAAAGAAAAGAAGGCAGAUUUUAUAGAUGGAGGCAGCGUGUCUUCUUCUGAUGGCAUGCCAAGCCAAAUGACAGCUGCCGUUGGAGGCUGGCUGCAAGGGGAGGGGUGUUUUCCUCCCCAUCUUCUGUUACAGGAUUUAAUGGCUCAGCAAACUCUGGAAUUCGGGGACUUUCAUCUUGUUUCAUCUGUUCCGAGCCAUCAUUGCAGGCAAAUGGCCUUUAUCAAAUUACGUUCCUUCAUUUUGCAUUUAGAGUCCUGUCCUCAUUAGAGAAAUCUGUGGGUAAAUGCAAGACCUGAUCAACGGGCAUCCCCAUGUAAGCCCUGUGUUUUUUGUCAGUUCUGCACAGAAUGGGGCAAGAAAAGUCUCCGUGGGAGCUGAACUGGCCCAGAAAAUGUUCCCUCCUGUCCAGCUCUGCUCAGCUGGGAUUAGGAGACUCCCACCCACUGGCCUGCUCCAUGCAGACUAGGACGUGCAGAAAUGAGUGGGACACUAUCUCAGUGGCGUUGCUGAUUCCCUGCUGGAGCAGUGGUGACCUGUUCUGAUAAAUGGACUCUACAGGGGAAUGGAGGGGGUGGAGUGCAGUGCAGUGCCUCGGUGAGCAUGUUCUCUGGGGGCCGGCGAGGUGCUCCCGAGAAUGUGAGGCUAGUGCAACAUGCGCUCUCAUGUUUGCACACAGGAUGUGGUGGGAGGAAGCUCGCCUUGCACCGAGCACAGGCAGGUUGUAAAUAGAUACCUCUCCAAGUGAUGAGACGUGUAGUAAGCAUUUCGUGAUGGACCAGAGAGUCAGGCCAUUCUCUUUCUAGGCACCCCUAGGACACAAACGAGUAGGCUUGGGUGCUUGCCAAGGACAUGCUAUAGAUGGGACAUCUAGAGCUCAUGUGUGCAGCUGUCUCAGUGCGUUUUGCUUCAGGAAGCAAGCCCCUCUACUUGUGUCAAACCACAGGAGGCUAGUCUUUCAAAAUCCGGCUUUAGGAAAUGCUACUUCUGUUUCUGUUGGAGUCGAAUGGGUACUUGGGGCAAGGUCACUUCUAAAGCGAGUCUGAGAGUUCAGUGCCCCACGGUGCUGAAAUCAGGGAGGAGUGUCCCAUCUCCUGGCCUACUGAAUCCUGUUUGGGCUUGCUGCUGGUAAGGGAUGGGGUCACCAUUUUUUUUAGAAGAUAAAACUUCCCUUGUCACUACACGGCUCUUGACAGGCAGCUUGUCCUGAGGCCCUGGCCCAGCCUGGCACCUGCCUCUACAUCCCUGAACUGAGCCAGCAUCCAGGAGGUCCUGUGGGCAGAAACCCCAUGUACCCUACUUGUGACCCUGCCUCUGCUCUCUCCUUGCCAACCACCAUCACCCAUUUCUCCAUUUCUCCCUGGCCUACUCUUCUCUUGGCAACUAUUUACUGACCACCUACCCUGGCUGGGCCCCAGGCCCGAGCUCAAGAUAC